AUGGAUCUCGAGGGAGUCCGCCAGGACGAGCUUCAGGAGGCAGCAGCAGCACUCACUAUGCUCCAGACGAUGGCCCUUCAAGGUCGCAACCUCUUCGACACGCAGCAGGGGCCAGCUCAGAACUCGACCAGCUCCCUCCAUCCUCCGACCCUGGAGGUUCUGACCCCACCACGGCAGACCCUCUCUAUCACCGGAGAACCGGAGGAGGACCAGCCUUCCAAGUUCACGAGAACGAACGAGAAGGGCCAGGGAGGGAAGGGUCAACGGCAGGGACCCCAGACCCGUCAACAAUUCCCGUCGAGAACUCCACCGGCCGGCCCACAGCCAUCCUCGGCUCCCAGCGGAGGUUCACCCUCCAAGAUUACGGUUUCCGCCUCGCUGAUCACCCAGGUCGUGCAACUCUUGCUCCGACAUGCGGAUGCUCUCAACAGCAUCGAACAAUCAACGACAUGGAUUCUGUUUCAGGGCACGGCGCCCCCGCUAACGGUGGUGGAUGCACAGGCCACCAUAGCGGCGGAGUGGAAUCGGUUGAAAACCAGCAACCCCUCGGCUAUCACACAGCCCCUCAGGGUAGUGCUAUGGCAAACGUGGGCAUCCGAAUUCAUCAAACGCCUUCAGCUACUGGACACCGAUCAGAAUCAGCGGAGCGAGGCCAUUCGGCUUCAGAUCCUCACGGGGCCGUAUGGGGAUGUUCGUCGCACGAAGGGUGGUGAAGAGCUGUUGCAUUUCUGUGAGCAGGAGGGCUUGGUCGUCGCUGGUACCUUCACACAACAACGGGAUAAGGCGACAUGGUUCCACUGUCGAUUCGGCACCGCGCACACACUUGAUCACUUUCUAGUUGACAGGAGGGAUCGCAAGUGGGUUGCCUCAAAUCUAACGGUACACCAUGUCAGCAGGCACUUGAGUGGUUCUCGGGGCAGGCAAGGGCGGCCAUUACAGUUUUCUUCCGCCCCAUGGCUAGAACACACGGACCACGAGCCUAUCGAAAUGCUGCUUAGGAUCCGUAAGGACUGGGUGGCUGAAGCUCAGGCGAGGGAACGAGAGGAGUCGAGGCCGGAUGUUGUGCGUUUUUUGGGGAAAUCGGAUGAAGCCCUUAGGCUGAGGGAGGAGUAUGCUCAGCAAAUCACAGAGGAACUGUGUUUGGUGUCGGGGAGCAAACUUGAUUGGGACGUGCUGGCCGACGUCAUGAAAAAGACUGCUUUGCGCGUGGUUGGGAAAGCAAAGCCGCGCUUUGUUGAUAGGCCUUGGUUACGAGGGAAGGAAAGGGAAUUAGAGGAAUUGGAACGCCGGGUUCAUGUUUUGGAGGAGCGCUUGCGGAAUGCUCGUUGUUUAGGAUCGUCUGAUGUCGACACACUGUUACGUGACAGGAGGUUAGCCAGCCAAAAUCUGCGAAAGGCCAAGCGACGGUGGGAAGCUUGUUGGUGGGAUGAUUUGGCGGCGCAGGCGAACCAAGCUGGUGUGGAGAAGGACGAUGCAUCUUUUUGGCGAAUUUGUAAAAUGUUGGGGUUCCGGGAGGGAAAUCGGGCGUCGUUGGGAGUACGGCGCUCGGUGGCGGAUGCGCAAGCGUCAAGGGAAGAAUGGAGGUCUUUUUUGUCGGGUAUUCAGUCAGGGCGAGGGGCGGUCACCGAUGCUGUUUGGGAGUUCAUUCCAGAAGCGGACCAACUGCAUGAAUGUUUGGCCCUCCCCCCUUCCCUUGAGGAGUUCAAGCAGGCUCUUAAAAAGUUGCAGUUUGGAAAAAGAGGUGGGUGUGAUGACAUUACGGCCGAACUUAUUCGUUACGCAGGCGAGGACUUGAGAAAUGCGACGUUUGAAGUUGUACGGGACAUGUGGUCUGAGGCGGCGGCUGCUCCAGAGGGAGCUGAGGCGGAUUCUUGGUGUGAUUCGUCCAAAACAGGUAUCUGCAUUCCGAUGUUCAAAAACAAAGGUAGCCGUCUGGAUAUGAACAAUUACAGGAACCUUGUCAUGCUUUCUGUAUCUGCCAAACUGGUAGCCAGGAUUUGUGCCAGCCGUUUAGCAACAUGGGCGGAGGAGUGGUUGCCUGAACAACAGAAUGGGUUUCGGGUGGGAAGGGGUAUUGAUGACGUUCAAAUGGUGGUUCGGAGGCUCAUCGAAGAAAUUGCUGCGGCGGCUAACGAGGGGACCUACGGUAUGACGUGUUUUGAUAUUGUGCGUGCUUACACCAGAGUGUGUCGUGAUGCGUUGUGGUCUCUCCUCUCCCGACUGGGUGUGCCGGCUUCCUUUGUCCAGGUGUUGAAAGCGUUGCAUGAGCAUACCCGUUUCAAGGUCUUCGUUCACAAUGGGUACUCGUCGGAGUGGUUGACGGAUCGAGGCCUGCGUGAAGGAUGUCCCUCGUCUCCCAUCCUGUUUUCCAUUUUUCACCACGCUGUCUUGCUCACUUUUCGUUGUCGCCGAAAGCGUCAGGCGGAGCCGAGCAAUCUGCAACCGGGUAUCCCGUGGAAGUUUAAGGUGGAUGGUCACCUCACCCGCCCGGGUCGUGCGCGUCACUCGUCUAGGGGCAUUCGGGAAAUCGUCAUUGGAGAUGUGGAGUUCGCGGAUGACACUGCUCUCUUUGGUGAGGUGGAGGAAUUGCAUCAGGCGGAGCAAAUCUUCAUCCAGACGUUACGGGAUUGGGAGCAACAGGAACAUCCGGACAAAAGGGAAAAACUUGUUCUUACCCCGCGAGGUAGACGUCCCAUGGAUGUUCUCAACAUCUUCGAAAAACGCUUGCUGAAGCAUUUGGGAGCCACUCACACUGAUAAUGCGGAUCAGUGGGCUGAAACCACGAAAAGACUUCAGGCGGGUUUCUAUGCGGUUAAGCGGAUUGCCAAGUACUGGUCCUUGGGCUCGGCACAUGGCAGAGGGCGUCGGUCGGGGUUGUCUACUAACCGCAAGCUCAAGAUCAUGCGUUGUGUCGUGGAGGGCACGUUGUUGUCGUGUUCUAAAACCAGAGUGUGGAGUUUGGUCCAAGAACGGAAGGCCAACCAGGUCAUUUCGAGAGGUAUUAGGCGCUGUCUGGGGUUAGACCGCAUCAUUAUGCGCCAGUACGGGUAUGCGGACGAUCGACUUCGGAACAUGGUGCAAUGGAACUCCUUCUCUGAGUUGGUGCACAAACAGGUCCUGAACUGGGUUGGUCAUGUUGCUCGUAUGUCCACGGACAGGUUGCCGAAAAUCGCGCUGUUUGGGUGGCCGGCGGGUUUGGAAGAACAUCAUUCCGGUAGGUUUACUUACCCUCGUUGGGUGGAGUGGGUGCUGGAAAAGCACAACAUCUCGGUCAUGGAUUGGUUCAGGCUGGCGCAAAAGCCUACGUCGAAGUGGCUUAAACUGGUCCAUCAAGCCCUGCCCCGUAAGCAUUUGAGCGUUUCCCGGACGUACAAGGUCAAUGCGUGGAAGCCAGGGGAUCCUAUUCUGGAUUGGAAAGCUCCCACCCCCUGUGUUCCGAAUGGGCCCGGUCCGUCAGAGGAUUCGUUUCCAUGUCCGGUUUGCUCACAUGUUGCGUCUUCGGCGCGAGGGUUGCAAGUGCAUUAUGAAGGAGCUCAUGCUAUUCAGAAUCCCGAUCUCACCACUGUGGCUGUUGACUCAUGUCCUGAUUGUGGUCAGGUAUUCGUGUUUAGUCGCGAUCGGCAGAGACAUCGCUGUCCCACCAAACCUCACACCCUGGAGGCAGUGGCUCUCCUCUUGCCGGCCCCCCUUCCUCCUUCUCAGCCCUCCUUGGUUGAUGUCUCGAGGUGGGUGUUGUUCACUGAUGGGGCAGGUCCGUCGGGGGAUGAAGCGGUUCAUGCCGGCUGGGGAGUCGCUGUAUGGGAGUCUUCUUCAUCUGCUUCCACCCCUUCUUUUGCUCUCUUUGGUCCGGUAUGUCUGUCCAAUUGGGAGUCGCGGUGGGUGGGCGCCGAGGUGGCCACGAACAAUGUUGGGGAGCUCGCCGCUAUGAUCGAAGCCUUACUUUGGUUGGAAGCGGAGGCGCCGGGUCCGGCUGAAGUACCGGCUACCAUUUUUUAUGACUCUUCCUAUGCGCAUGGUGCAAUCACGGGAGCCCAUGCUGUUGGAGCAAAUGACAAACUUGUCGCGAAGGCGCAGGCCACGCUGGCUAGGGUUCGGGCUAAACGGCCGGUUGAUUUUCAACAUGUUAAGGGUCACUCGGGGAAUUUGGGAAACGACACUGCAGAUCGUCUAGCAGCACGUGGGGCGAGGGGUGAGCAAACGACUCAAUCCAAACGUUGGAGUCUUCCAUUGACCGCCCCUCCUCCGUUGGAUCCUCUGCUUGUUGAUCACUGUUGGCGGUGCCAAAGGGUGUUCACGGGACCAUCGUAUGCGCGUCAGCUGGCGGGGCAUGAGGCCAACUGUGCUGUCCCUGGAGGCGAGCCCCGCUUGUCGGGUGCCAACCCUUCUCUCCUCUGCUCGUCCCCUCCUUGGGCUCUGGUCCCGCUCGCGGGAGACCAGUGGGUGCUUGCACCGGUGCUCUAUUUUGGUUGGCCUGGCAGUUUAUGGAUGGCAGGAGGGACUGAUCAGGACUGCCUGCCUCAGGACACUUAG